AUGGACGUCAUCCGGAAACUCUCCGUGGCACCGGAGGAAGAGAGGAAGGGGUCAUUUGUGACCGGCACGUCUGAGGUAAUCGAGGUCCACGACCACGUCCACCGCGCGCUCGGCACCCGCCAGAUCUCCUUCAUCGCCAUAGGCGGCUCCAUCGGCACCGCGCUGUUCGUCAGCAUUGGCCUCGGCCUCUGGCGUGGAGGGGCUGCCAGCUUACUCAUCGGAUUCAUCCUCUACAGCACUGUCAUCGUGUCCGUCAACAACUGCCAGGCCGAGAUGACCGUCUUCAUGCCGGUGACUGCCCCCUUCAUCCGCAUGGCCGGGAAAUGGGUCGACCAGGCAGUUGGGUUUGCGGCCGGCUGGAACUACUUUAUCUACGUGAUAUGUCCUUCCCCGAUCAACCCUCUGGGAGGGCUUAUCACAGCCUUGUCCAGCGUGCUCGGGUUCUGGUGGGACAACGUCCCCCUGGGGGCCGUGUGCGGGAUCUGCAUUGUUUUCUACGCGUUCCUCAACAUAUUCGCAGUCAAAUGGUACGGCGAAGCAGAGUUCUGGCUCUCGAUCGGGAAGAUUCUCCUGAUUUUCAUCGUCUAUGCAUUCACCCUGGUGACCAUGUGUGGUGGCAAUCCCCAACACGACGCCUAUGGCUUCUCACAUUGGAAUGAGCCGGCACCCUUCAAGGAAUACAUACAUACCGGAGCCCUCGGCCGUUUCCAGGGAGUGCUAGCAGGCAUUUUUAUUGCGGGCGGCGUCAUCUGUGGGCCAGAGUUUAUUUGCAUGGUUGCCGGCGAGGCCAAGAAUCCUCGAAAGGACAUGAAUUCGGCCUUCAAGACCAUGUAUUGGCGGUUCAGUGUCUUCUUUCUGCUGGGCGCUCUCGCCGUUGGGAUCGUCCUGCCUGCCAACGACCCUAACCUCACGGCAGUCUGGGAUGGAUCGGGAGGGAAGAGUGGCGCUGGAUCGUCUCCCUACGUGAUUGCCAUGAGCAACAUGCACAUUCACGGGCUGCCUCAUCUCUGCAACUUUCUCCUGUGCACCAGCAUCUUUUCGGCCGGAAACUCCUACGUCUAUUGCUCAACUCGAGCCUUGUACGGCCUGGCUCUCAAUGGACACGCACCCAGGUUCCUCCGCCAGGUCACGCGCCACGGUAUCCCGCUCUGGUGUUUCCUCAUCUCGAUUGCCUUCUCCUGCCUGUCCUUCUUGCAGGUCAGCAACGGCAGUGGCGUGGUGCUCGUCUGGCUGGUGAACAUCAUCACUGCGGCGCAGCAGCUGGAUUACAUGUACAUGUGCCUCACCUAUCUGUUUUUCAAGCGCGCCUUGAAGGCACAGGGCAUCGACCGCAGCACGCUGCCUUAUGUCGGCUGGCACACCACCUUCUGUGCCUGGUGGGGUCUGGCCGGUUGCUCGUUUGUGGUUGUAAUGCAGGGCUACCAGGUCUUCUACCCGUCCUUCUGGAGCGUCGGCGACUUCUUCACGUGGUACUGCAUGCUGAUCGUCGCCGUCGUCUUCUAUGGCGGCUGGAAACUCGUCAAGAGGACGAAGGUGGUCAAGCCGCACGAAGCCGACCUGGUCUGGGAGAGACCCAUCAUCGACGCGUACGAAGCCACGCUGGUCAACGAGAAGGAGCCUUUCUUCCGAGAAGUUUGGCGGAUGGCGACUGGGAUGUUUUCCAAGAAACCCAGGACAGCCGCUGAGUAG